AUGGACAGGUUGCAUUCUUCCAUGCGCAAGCGUCUUUACAGCUUGCCCCAUCAAUUUGGAAAUAAAUUGGACGAAGGCGACGCGGACGCGCGGAGGAAGAGCGUACGCAUGAAGUCGCUGGCGCCUUCAGUCUCUCCAGAGGCCGCGAGCGUCGAUCCAGACGCGCCUGGUGCGCUCAGAGGUAACGCGAACGGAGACUGCCGGAGGUUUAAAGGUAGUCUGUCGUCCGUCACCAGCCGCCACGGAGCGGACGCCGAAGCGCACGAACAGAAGCGCCUCAUCGCUGAAGAGGAAGACGACGACAGCGGUGGAGGAGACGGAAGUCCAGAAGAAGAUGAUGGAGCAGCGGCGGCGGGCGCGCGCGGCGCUGCUGGAGGUGGCGCGGAGAGCCAGCCCUCGGCCUCGGAUGAGCACGCGACUUUCAUUAAGUUGGAGGGCAUCGAGCAGAUGGCGCCCGACGACGAGCGCCUCUACCACUCGGGCUUCGUGCACCGGCAGCUGGGCGCCAUGCUGCAGCCAGGAGUCAACAAGUUCUCUCUCCGCAUGUUCGGUAGUGAGAAGGCGGUGGAGCGCGAACAGGAGCGAGUCAAAUCGGUCGGGUCGUGGAUCAUUCACCCGUACAGCGACUUUAGGUUCUAUUGGGACCUGAUCAUGCUGCUUUUAAUGGUCGGAAAUCUGAUCAUCAUCCCAGUGGGCAUCACAUUCUUCAAAGAUGAACAUACGCCGGCCUGGAUUGUUUUCAACGUGGUCUCUGAUACCUUCUUUUUAGUGGACCUUGUCCUGAACUUCCGGACUGGCAUUGUGAAGGAGGAAAGCACAGAGAUCAUCCUGGAUCCACAGCAGAUAAAGGUGAGGUACCUGCGCAGCUGGUUUGCCGUGGACUUUAUCUCCUCCAUUCCUGUAGAUUACAUCUUCCUCAUCGUUGAGACACGGAUUGACUCAGACUUCUACAAGACAGCCAGAGCUUUGAGGAUUGUUCGCUUUACGAAGAUUCUGAGUUUGCUCAGGUUGCUGCGACUGUCCCGCCUCAUCAGAUACAUUCAUCAGUGGGAGGAGAUUUUUCACAUGACCUAUGACCUGGCUAGUGCUAUGGUGCGUAUAGUGAAUCUGAUUGGUAUGAUGCUGUUGCUGUGCCACUGGGAUGGCUGUCUGCAGUUCCUUGUGCCUAUGCUUCAGGACUUUCCUGCCGACUGCUGGGUAUCCAAAAACAAAAUGGUGAAUGAUACUUGGGGUCAACAGUACUCCUACGCCCUGUUUAAGGCUAUGAGCCACAUGCUGUGUAUUGGGUAUGGCAUGUACCCACCCGUGGGCAUGACAGACGUGUGGCUGACCAUCCUCAGCAUGAUUGUGGGUGCCACCUGCUAUGCCAUGUUUGUAGGUCAUGCCACUGCCCUUAUUCAAUCACUAGACUCGUCUCGGCGGCAAUACCAGGAGAAGUAUAAACAAGUGGAGCAGUACAUGUCCUUCCACAAGCUUCCUGCUGACAUGCGCCAAAGGAUCCAUGACUACUAUGAGCACCGUUAUCAGGGCAAGAUGUUCGAUGAAGAGAGCAUACUUGGAGAGCUAAAUGAGCCACUCCGAGAGGAGAUCAUCAGUUUCAACUGUCGAAAGCUGGUGGCCACUAUGCCCUUGUUUGCUAAUGCGGAUCCCAACUUUGUAACCUCCAUGCUGACCAAACUACGCUUUGAAGUCUUCCAGCCAGGAGACUACAUCAUUCGGGAAGGCACCAUAGGAAAGAAAAUGUAUUUUAUCCAACAUGGCAUGCUAACUGUUCAGACCAAGGGCAGUAAAGAUACAAAGCUUUCAGAUGGGUCUUACUUUGGAGAGAUUUGUUUGCUGACUCUGGGCAGAAGAACAGCCAGUGUGAGAGCAGAGACAUACUGCCGUCUGUAUUCUCUAUCUGUGGACAACUUUAACGAAGUGUUGGAAGAGUAUCCAAUGAUGCGUCGGGCUUUUGAAACAGUAGCCCUUGAUCGUCUAGACCGCAUUGGAAAGAAAAACUCUGUUCUUCAGACCAAAGUGCAGCGAGAUCUCAACUCAGGUGUGCUGAACUUUCAGGAGAAUGAAAUCAUCCAGCAGAUUGUACAGCAUGAUAGGGACAUGGCUCUCUGUGCCCACCUAAUGCAGACCCCCUCACUAGGUGCUCAACAAACUCCAGCUCCUUCUACUCACACUCCAGUUAUCUGGGCUCCUCUUAUCCAGGCUCCACUCCAAGCUGCUGCAGCCACUACCUCAGUGGCGAUUGCCCUUACCCGCCAUCCACAUCUGCCUCAUACACUUUUCCGGCCACCUGUACCCAUGUUGAGUUCACUGAAAGAUCAACCAGGACAUUUUAAAAGGUUUCCAGUGGUUUCUGGUGUUACUGCAUUGGGUAGCUCAUCUUCUGGUGCGAGUUCUCAACUUGGAUCUGGUGUGGAGACGCCUAUUUUGGAUUCACUGAGAGCCAAGAGUUCUGCAACAUCUUCCUCACCUCCUUUGCCUUCUGCCUCCAGUUCUUUGCUGUCUUCCACAACAACCACAAUUACCACAAUCACAUCCAGCAUCAGCGAGGCCUCCACUUUUUCCCAGAGACCCCUCAGCACCUAUGGUUCUGGAUUCUCCAGUGUUGCUCAACUUCAUCCCCAACCUAAGCUUCCACAUGCUUCCUUCUCCAGCAUUACUGCGCCACUGCCUGGUUUCUUUCAACAAGGGGCAGUAGGUAGAGACCUGGCACAAUUUGCCAUGCCCUCUGCCUCUACCAUCACUCCUUUGAUAGCCCACUCCAUUAGCCCUAUACUGACACAACUGCAGUCCACUCAGCCAAAGCCUCCUCAAGUUAAGUACAUUCAGGAAGUAAGCAAGCCAGUUAGGACAACCACUCCAUCACCUCCUACUGGAUCCCCACUUUUCUCUGCAAAUGUCUUAGAGCCACAUGUCCCAAACCCACGGACUCAGGAUUCACAAAGCAGAGAUCAUCCCUCACGGCUAUCACAUGAACCAUCUGUUUUGGCUUCACUUGCUCAGUAUGGCUCUGGAAAUGCUUCCCCUUGUAGCACCCCACCAGCUUGGAGCCCUACAUUUCAGAGUCCUGUGGUGCAGAGAAAGCGGACACCCAUUAAUAGCAAUCCCUCGAGUACCUCAGGAUCCCAAAGCUCUCUCCUGACCCCACAGACCCUUUGUACUCUGACAUCCCAGUCACAAGAGAAGGUGGGGUCUCUGGUUAAUCUCCCUUCUCAAGAUGUCAGCACUAUUUCCAUAUCACUUCCUUCCCCACGACUCUUUGACAGGCCCAAACUAGUAAGACAAGGCCCACAUGUCCCAGAUCAGUCACAUCUUGUAACAGUGUCUGGAUUUAGCCAUACUUCUUUCCCAAACCCUGUUACCAAGUAUAGUUCAAUACCUGGCCAUGUGACACUGUCAAGACAGACUUCCAAAGUGUCCCAAUCCCAGACUGGGUCUUCUAGUGGUCCUGGGUCUCGAGACAGUUCCAUUCCAGGGACACCAAGCUUACAGCCCAAACUCCCAUCAAACUUAUGAGAAUGGAAUA